AUGAGCACCGACAAAGAAUAUGUAAAAAGCGCUUUCACCAAAAUCAAAAAUGGUUACGAGGCGUUGGAAAGGACUGGGUGGAACCCAGUUCUAUCGGUGCUCUAUCUUCUGUUUCAACAAUGAAUAAUGAGUAUUUUUCAGCGAGUGAUGACUCAAUCGGAGAAGCAGAUGAAAGAGUUGAAAUACAAGUUUUCGGUGGGCCUGAACGAGCGAAACGCGAUGCGCAAUCGCUACACUAACGUUAUUCCAUGUUGGUUUUGACGUGAAAUUUUCGAAAAAGCUUUUAAUUUGUUAGAAACUCCUUGCGGGGGUUUUUGAAGGUGCAAGAGCAGUUUCAUGAAAAUUCUAAAGAAAAGAGACGUUUUCAGUGUUAAUUUUGGCUUUAUAAAACUUUUUUUCCGGAAAAUUCGAAAGUCCAGCAAGGAAUUUCGAAGCCUAGAAGCUCUGACUUCGAUCUUUCGAACCCGAAAGUUCACAAUGAAAUUUUUUUCUGUUUAAAUUACAGGUUUUAGAAUAAACAUUGUUAAAGAUUAUUUCGGAAGUUUUUGAAGGAGCACGGGUUCUUGAAACCAGAAAAUUUCAAGAAAGCUGUAUCAGUGUUUCCGAACGUGAUGCAAAAUUUGUGCGCCUUUAUGGCGUGUUCAUCGGAAAAAACGAAAACUGCUUCGAAACGCGAAAAAAUUGCUCCAAAAUAAAAAGUAGUACGGUUUUGGAGCAACUUUGGCGCGCCAAUGAACACGAUUUUUCGUUUUGAAGGAUGUUCCGUUUCUCCGAUGAACACGCCAAUAAAAUACCGGCAAGAUUAUUUCAAUGAAAAUGAGUUUGACGCACUGCUUCUGUAACCAAGAGAAAUGGCUCUUCGUUUCGAAAUACUUUGUGAAUUUUAAAUAUCCGCCGAUUUUUUUUUUAUCAAGGCGGCAAGCAGUGCUUUAAAUUACGGUUUUAAAAAAAAUUCCGUGGCAUUUUAAAAACGCAUUAAUUCUCUUGAUUUCGAAUGACAAGGAAACAGGCUUUCGCUUUGGAAGUUUCUAGUUCCAAGAAUACAUGCUCCUUUGAAAUAAUCGCAACAAUCGAUUCGAUCAUAAUGUUCGUCAAACCAUGUUCUUCUUUCUACAGAUGAUCAAAAUCGAGUGAUCAUUUCGCGAUCGGCCAGCAACAUUGACGGCUACGUGAACGCCUCGCCGGCCAGAUAUGAACCAUCCAGAACCAACUAUAUUUUGGCCCAGGUUCUCUUUCGAAACAACUUUCCUGAUCCUUUGAGAAGUCAAAUUUUGCAGGGACCGGUUGAGGGGUCGGUCACUGAUUGGUGGCAGAUGAUGUGGGACAAAUCGGUUUCACUGAUCAUUCAGUUGAAUCAGAGCGGAUCCCAUGAUCAGUGAGAUUUUUAUUUUUAGUUACUCUGGUCAAUUUUUUUUCUGUAAGGACGGCGAGUGGUAGCUUAAAUACUUUCCGCCUAAUUCAAAAGUUAUCUCUGUCUCUCCAAAAUUCAGCUAUAUAUAUCAGCUGAUGACGAAAAAGACAUAAUAGCUUCAAAAGUUCAGCUAAAAUAUAAACUAAAGUAUUUCAUUUUUUUGUUAGGAAAAAAAAUACUUGAAAAAAAGAAUGAGCGAUUCUUAAUGAGAAUAAAUCAUUCACGUUAAUAAUUCACUAAUUUAUUAUUGUUAUUUUUUUGUUUUUUUGAAAGUAUAAGCGUUCAAUGUAAGGGUAGUUUUUUAAAGUCAUAAUCUUAAGAUAUGUGACCGGAGAUGGCCCAACCUCUUCAUUUAACCCUUUUUUUAAGGAUCAUUUAUCUUCAUGAUGAUUUUUCAUAGCAAAACCCAGAUUAAAAACGAUAAAAGUUGAAAAAAAUAAUCAUUUCUAACCUUUUUACAGUUCCAGCCAUUUUUUUAAAUUUUUUUAUAUUUUUGAACUUAUUUUAAUCAUCAAUUGAAGGAAUGGUAUCAUUAAAAAAAUGUAUGAAAUAUUCUAGGAUUUUCUCCUAUUUUCCACGCACCGUCAAUGGAACCAUUUCUUUCGGCGCGUUCGAAAUAACGACGGAAAGUGAAAGAACCGCGACGGAUUAUGUACAUCGAACCCUCAAGUUGAAGGAAAAAGGUUGGGAUUUGAGAGAAAUUCGAGAAGAAUUGACGAAAAAAAAGUUAAUAUGGUUAAUCAAAAGUAAACGUACUCAAAACAUGAUCCAAUACCCGGAAAACUAUAGUCGAUUAGCGGGUGACUUGGGCGAUUGGAAAAGGGUCCUGACACGAGAAAAGAGAGAGAGUGUUUGUUUGGAGGUGGGCGCAGACAGGCCACGUCUCAAGCUAACCCUGAAUUGGUAAAAUAAAAUCAAAGUCCAAGCAACCUCACUUUUGUAAGACCUUUUUCAACUCUGAACUGUUAAUCCGUGAAUUUUGGGCUUUAACACCAAUAAAAGAAAACAACUUGUAAUGACUUUUUGGUUAGGUAUUUAUCAAAGUCACAAUUGUAAUAUUUCGCGGAUUUUUAAUGAAAUUGAUGUUGUUUACACAUACCUAAUUUUCAGGAGGCGAAGAAGACGACGCCAAAAUUGUUGAACAUGUGAAUUUCACGUCUUGGGGCGAUUUUGAGGUGCCGAGAAGUCCGAGAUCCAUGCUCGCCCUGCUUUUUUACGUUCGAAGUGAGAACUCUUUUUUUGCAUUUUUUAUUUUCUUAAGUUGAAAAAAAGAUAGUUUGUAGAUUGAAAAAUUUUUUUAGAACUUCUCGGACUUGAUAAUGUAAAAGCUUGUAUAAUUUUUUUCUACAGGAGUUUCUUGCUAUUUUUCAAAUUUAAUAUAGUUUUUCACAAGGAUACAGAAAUAGAUCAGAAAGCAAAAAACAGUAGUAAAAAAAUUUUCCGAUGAGGAAUAAAUUCCGUGAUUAAAGAAUGAGGAAGAGGUUCCAGAGUUCAAAAAAAAAAGAAGAAGUUGAAAAUAUUUAUUUUUUGAGGACUUGAUGCGAUGACGAGCUCUUGUGAAGGUUCUCCUACGGUCGUCCAUUGUUCGGCUGGAAUCGGUAGAACUGGAACUUUCUACAUUGUCGACGUCGUUCUGAGAAUGGUUUUGAGCAAGGAAAUCAGUUAGUUUUGAGGUUUUUCAGAUCUCGGCCAACAUUCCGAUCGAUCGCAUGGACCUCGUUGAGUUGCUCUUGUUCUUGAGAAGGUGCGAGAAAAAGAAGAAUAAAUGAAAAACAAGAAUCGAUGCGAAGAAGAAAAAUAAGGAAAUAUUACGAAAAAUUUGAAAUUCUAAUAAAUUUUUAGAAAUAUUCAUCAUUUGAAAUUAACUCAUUUUCAAAAAAUCAACUCUAGCUGUGAAAAUACAGAUUUUUUAAUACUGUACAUUGAGAAAGUUUUGGAGGAUCUCAUGCCUUUUUUUAAAAUGAAAUAUCGUCUAAGGCAGCGGCAAAAGAACUGAUAAUUAUGAGCAGGAAGUUUGGAAGAAAAAUAUAAAUUUCAAGUGCAAUCUGAAGCUUUUUGAAAUUCAUCUCAUCAGUUUAUUAUUUUGCAAUAAAUAAUUUUUUUAAAGGUCCAGUCCAUGAGUUGAAAAAAACUCAUUUCAUAUGAAUUUAAAAAGUGUUUUAUCAUAAAUUUGUUCUCAGAUACCGACCGGGCCUGAUCCAAACGCCACAACAGCUGCGAUUCGCGUACCUUGCCGUUCUCGAAGGCUUCCGAUGGUUUUUGAAUUAUCCCGAGCCCGUAGUCCACACCAAGGAAGAUUUUGUAUGUUUCUCGCGCAAAUUUUUUAUUUGAUAAUGGUUUUUUUGCAGCCGGCUGAUGUCACUCUCAUCAGUUCGGAAGAAGGGGUUUGUUUUUUUAAACUAUUAGAUAACUUACGAAAAAAAUCGUAAAUUUUUCGCAUUUCCGUAGGAAGGAAAUAAAAAGUAUUUGCUGUUACUUUCUUAAUAAAUGAUUAAAAAAACGUUUAUUUUUUUAUUUUUUUGUGGACUUGUUUUAAUGGUUUUUUUAAUCAUUAUUUGAGUUUAUUGUUCGGCUUUUUUUGGUUUUUCUUAUUUCAAAGUUUUUUUCAAAAAAAUAAAUGACUACUUUUUUUGAAAAACGCUUCAAUCAAGUUGAGAUUAUAAAUUUUUUUAAAAAAAUGCUCCGGUUCAACUGUUUUUGAGCUUUUGGUCAUAAAAUCCGAGCUCGAGAUAAAAAUUAAUUCACUUUUCACGGCUCAGUGUGCUUUUUCUCGCCCCAAACUCAAAUUCAUGUGAAAGAAAACAUGCCAUAAAUUUUGGAACAAGGGAUUUUUACCUGAACUUUGUUAAAAUAAGUGAGACUUUUGGGUGGAAACUUUGAAUAUUAAAGUUUUUCCUUUGAAAUUUAUUAUUUUGUAGUUAAAGCGACAACUUCUAGUUCUUAAGCUUCUGAAUAAAUACAUAUUUUGAUUAAUUAUAUUUUUCAUGGUCUGGUUAUUUUUUAGUCGGAGUCGCCACGGGUCGGCAAGAGCAAAAGCCAAACUCUGCGCGCCGUCGGCGAGAAAACCCGACUUCUUUCGGCAGAAGUCUCCGAAACGCACUGUCCAUUGGGAGAGAAGAGCUCGAGUAUCGACGAUGUCUCGCAAAUCAAAAGAAAAAGGUUGGUUCGAUGAAAUCCUUAAAAAGAAGGAUGAUCGGAGAGUAUCAACGUUUUUCUCAAAUUAGAGGAAGAAAACCACUUUUUUUUGGCUUCUGCUACUUUUUCGAGGUUAAUAAAACUUUUUUUACCUUUUUUUAAAUCUUAAAUUCUAAUUUUUCACCAUUGGGAAAAAGUUUCUUAAAAUUUUUUUAAAUAAAUCCAUUGGCAAAUAACUUUGCGUUUAAAUAAAAAUUUUUGGACGAACGAUAGGUUUAAAAAAACAUUUUUUUAUCAUUUAUUUGUGAUUUUCAAUGGCGCAGAAGCCUUGCAAGGUCAGAAAUUAAACUAAAAAAACUACUUUUUCGCCUUGAAACCAUUUCUUGAAAAACAAAAAAAUGAGCCUUUAAAAAAAUUUACCCCUUCUUUUUAUGAAUCGAAUAUAAUAAAAAUUAAGCUCAAACAAAAAUUCUUUUUAGAUCGGAAUCGCCCUAAUUGUCGCGCGAGAGUUCUACCUGAGCUUCUGGCCUGAUUUUUAUUCAUUUUCUUUUUUUCCAUCAAAUAUCAAACGUUUUACCCACAUCUACUUGAACAGAUUACUUUAUUAUGAAUGAUAGAUUCUUAUGUACCUUUUUGUAGAUUUUUUCGUCGAGUCUAAGUCAACCUAAUGAAAAUUGAGUACAACGCCUGAAGCUUAGGUAGAGCGGUUUUUUGAGAAAAAAAAUAUUUAAUAUCAUAAUUUUUGGGGCUUCCGGUUUUGUACUCAUUUUUUGUGCAGAGAAUGAAAAAGAGCUUUAUUUUUAAUAUCAUAAUUUUUCCCAUUGAUUUCGAGUGUCUUUUUUAUUGGUUUGUUCUGAUCUUGUAGAAAGGAAAUGAUCGAGCGGAUGGUUGAGAAAAGCCGUCGAGCCGAGAAAUCGAUCCGACCAUUUUCUGGCCGUCUUUGGGGCGCAUUUGCUGUCGCGGCUGUUUUUUCCGCCGUCGUGGUGGGAUUCGUCUGGAAAUCGCGAUAG